UGUACGCCAUAUAUUACUCAAAAUAUUAAAAACUUUUCCAAAUAGUAAUAGAAUUCAACUCUCAAUUAUACUAUACUCCGCCGCUCCACCGCGCUGCCUCGUCGCUCCACCGCCUUUCCUCGCCGGAUUCUCGCCGAUUGCUGUUUCUCCUUCUUCCAUGGCUGACAGCGUGAGUAGUAGCUCAUCUACCAACGCCACCAUUACCCCGCCGGAGACGAAGUCGUGGGCGGAUGUCGCUGAUGAGGAGGCGGCUGCGGAGAAGCAAAUCGACGCUUCGUCGGCGACGGAUAUCAAAUUGGACUCGUUGGUUGUCGACGAGUCCAAACAAGGUCCACUCGGCCUCACUAAUCCCGACGAUUCCACCAUAGAAGCGGUUACGUCCGGGGACACUCCAUAUACCUCGGCUAAGAGAUUCGAAGACUUGAACUUGUCACCUGAGCUGCUAAAGGGGCUUUAUGUUGAGAUGAAGUUUGAGCAACCUAGCAAGAUUCAGGCAAUCAGUUUACCCAUGAUCUUAACUCCUCCUUACAAGAAUUUAAUAGCUCAAGCUCAUAAUGGAUCCGGGAAGACCACUUGCUUCGUGCUUGGUAUGUUGAGCCGAGUUGAUCCGAAUGUCCGUGAACCUCAGGCUCUCUGCAUUUGCCCCACCAGGGAGUUAGCCAUUCAGAAUAUGGAAGUGCUUCUGAAGAUGGGGAAGUUCACUGGGAUAACCUCAGAAUUAGCUUUACCACCUGAUCAAGCAAACUACAUCCCAAUACAAAAGAGGCCACCUAUUACAGCGCAAGUAAUCAUCGGCACACCAGGCACAUUCUCUAAAUGGUUGCAGCACAAGAAAUUGGGUUUGAGUAAAAUGAAGAUUCUUGUGUUUGAUGAGGCAGACCACAUGUUGGCAAUGAGUGGAUUCCGAGAUGAAUCAAUCAGGAUAAUGAAGGCUAUUGCUAAAUCCAGUUCCAAUUGCCAGGUCCUGUUAUUCUCGGCUACCUUUGAUGAUGAUGUGAAGGACUUUUCAGCCAAAAUAGCUGGAGAGAUCUUUAAAAGACAACCUAACCAAAUGUUUGUCAAAAAGGAAGAACUAUCUCUGGAGUCUGUGAAACAGUACAAGGUUCAUUGUCCUGACGAGCUUUCAAAGAUCAUGGUGAUUAAAGACCAAAUACUUGAACUUGGAGAGAAAGUGGGGCAGACAAUUGUCUUUGUCAAAUCCAGGAAUGCUGCAUCUAUGUUGCACCAAGCUUUGGUCAAACUUGGCUAUGAGGUCACUACGAUUCAAGGUGCACUGAAUAUAGAGGACAGGGACAAAAUCAUAAAAGAGUUCAAAGAAGGUCUGACCCAAGUUCUAAUCGCAACUGAUGUUCUUGCUCGAGGUUUUGACCAGAGCCAGGUUAAUUUGGUUAUCAAUUUUGAUCUUCCUGUGCAAUAUGGUCGUUAUUCUGAGCCUGACAAUGAAGUUUACUUGCACCGGGUUGGUAGAGCUGGGCGCUUUGGCCGCAAAGGUGCUGUGUUCAACUUGCUUUGUCUUGACAGCGAUGAUAUGAUUAUGGACAAGAUUGAGAAACACUUCAACUCUCAGAUUACUGAGGUUGCUCCUUGGAAUAGUCGGGAAGCAUUCGAGGAUGCUCUAUGGCGCGCUGGGCUAUUGUGAUUAUGUUUUGAGUAGACGUGUUUGGAUCAUCUUAUCUUAUUAUCGAGGAGAGAGUUUUUUUUUCUCAAUUUUCAUAGUGAAUGUGUUGAAAAGAAUAAUGCUUUUCUGUUUGUCAUGUUUUGUGUGGUGUUACAUUUGUCAAAACAUGCUACUACUUUAGUUUCCUGGAUAUUGUCUCAGACUGAAAAUGAAUAGAAUCUGUGGACAUUGCGGCUCCUGAGAGCCCCUGUAA